AUGUUCGAAUCCAGGGCCGAGCCCUCGGAGGGGGUCUCGGAGGAGAAGACAGAGCCCUUUUCCCAGUCAGAAAUCGAGGCCCGAUUCCACGGCGUCGGAGUCGAUGAGCCAAGUAUCCCCGCAGAUCCAGAGGCUGUCCCGCUGGACGUCUUGCAAGUUGAGGAUCACCACCACAAGCAAGGCAUCCGCAUCCUCGUGCGGCCUCUCACCAAGCUUCCCGGCACGCGCUCAGUGAGCCCCGGCAGCGACAAUUGCCAGUGGCUAGCUCUCCGCGCCGAAGUGGCUUCCUCGGACAAGCCUGAACACAAAGUCCUGGCGGUGACUCAGACCUCCAAGGACAUCAAAUUCUCAGUCAGGAUACCGGGGUCUGCCGAAGACGACUUGUCACGGCCGCCACUGUGGUGUGAACUCUAUUACGAUCCUGCCAGCGACAAAGUCAUCUUCCUGAACAGAUCGGAUGUGCCCAUCUUGCUCGGCCGUAUACUAUCUCAUUCCGCCGCCGGCAGCCCUCCACCCAGCGAACGCCAUGUCAUCAACCCGGGUCUCGCCAAGGGCCUCAGACCAGGCACCUUUAGGAUCAAAGUGCGAGAUAUUGCGGUACUGGACUUUCGCAUUCUGGAAAAGCGGCCCAUUACGAUUUACCAGGAGCCAAUUUCCUUAGCAGUGCCCGAGGACUCGCUUUCACCAUCAGUAUCAUUCAUCACUUCCGACCAGGUCAACACAAGCAUGAAGAGAGCCCUUACCCCGGAUGAAGACAUAAAAAGAGCCAAACGCCGCAUCUCGGAUGCCGGCAAUGGAGCCGAUGACGGCGUCAUCAUGUUUUUAGGUCCGGCAGAGCCCCUUGUCUUCCCCCUUCCUAACGCGAGGGAAGGCAAGGAACUGGCUGCGUCCACUGGCCAUGCUCUCUUGGAUGCAGGACAAGGCGAAACGAUUGCCGUACCCAGUGUCUGUGAACUUGACGAAUAUCAGCUGACCAAGCGCGAGCCCAUUGCACAGACGGCUCUGUCAGCAGUCUACACUGCGUCACACUCCCAAGUGCCGAACAACAUAGUCACUGUCAAGGUCCUCAAGACCAGAGUUGCAAACCCAGACAACAAACCACUGGUACAUGAACGGAACGUCAUCCGCCAAGCAGACAUGUGGCUACGAGAGUGCCAAAGCCAACAGGACCUGCAACACGAAUCUAUUGUACGCUACUACGGGGGUGACGCCAGAUUUCUGAGUCUCUACAUGGAGCACAUCGAUGCCAAGGACCUUACUGCCGCUGCCCGGUGGAGAAACAAGGGCGAUGAUGAGUUUGUAGGAACACGAGAAGACUCCAUUCGAAUUCUACGUGAUAUUUCUAGCGCCCUCAGCUACCUCCAUGGUCGCAAACUGGUACACAAUGAUAUCAAGCCCGCGAAUAUCCUGUAUUCGCCCGAGCGUGGUGCCGUGCUAUGCGACUUUGGACUGACCACAUUGGCAGCAAGCUCGCCUUCUGGGGGUGGCACUCCGUACUACAUCCCACCUGAGUUCAUCACUCGCAAAAGCCGAGGCCCAGCCUCAGACGUUUGGGCUUUGGGCGUCACGAUGCUAUCCACGGCCAAGCGGCGCCUGUUUCCUAUAAGCAAUACGGCAAUGGCCAGCCUGCUGUAA